AUUUAUUAUAUAAUAAACUAUAAUAACCAUGCCAAAAAUUAUGAAUUGUGACAAUCCAGUGAAACGGUACUUCAAAUAUCACACAAAAGGGUAAUCAUUGGAAACGUCACUUAAAGUUCUUUCAUGCGGUAGAAUAUCAACAAAUAUUAUUGGAGGAAGAUGAAACUAGUACUGAUACUAAUAAUACCGUCUCUAUGUCAUCAAUUUCUUCAAAUUCAUCUGAUUUAUUUCCACCAACAAAAAAAAAGAGAAUGCACAGUGCGGAGAAAACAAUGAACUUGUCAAUAAAACGCCGGACAGUGAUUGACGGCUGUAUUGAAAUGGUCACAAUUAAUGGUAGACCCUUAAAUAUAAUGAAGGACUCUGGUUUUAGAAAAAUAGUAGUUCCCAUGUUUCGUUCUUUUGGAAUUACUAUGAACGCUGAUGUUGUGCGCGAUCAUAUUUGUAGUAGGGCAAGUCUAGUCCGUAAAGCUAUUACGAACAAAUGAAAAAAAAAAAUUUUUUUGUAUAAAAAUGGACACUGCAACUAGACUUGGCCGUACUAUACUUGGCAUAAAUUUACAGUUUAUUCAUGAAGGUAGGUGCCCACAAAAUUAAUGUAUUUCAAAUAGUAUAGUUGAAGCUAUGCAAAGACGAGAAACUACUUUAUUUAACUGUGAUAGUUUCAAAUUGGCUAUUUUUUUGGAUGGUUUUGUCAAUGUUUUAUUAGAUGAAAAUUCACUAAGAGAAGCUAAAAGUCAUUUGAUACUCUUGUCUUCAGAAUUACACAAAAUUGAUCCUGUCAUUAGAGAAGAACCAUCUAUUUCAAAUAAUAAUAUUAAACACAAUGAAGUAGAUGACUUAGAGAUUGAACUUCGUACGGCAGCCGCUAACCGAAGUAGUGGUUUAAAUAAUAGCCAAGACCAAGUAAUGUUGGACAUUCAAAGGGAAAUUGUAAGUUUUAUGCAAUUUCCUAGAGAAGAUAAAAGCAAAAACAUGGAUAUUUGGACAAAACUUAAAAAAAUGUAUCCAUUGAUGUAUGAAUGCGCUUUGGUUGCUUUAACAUUACCAACUACUCAGGUUACAGUGGAACGUCUUUUUUCCAGUUUAAAAUUUAUAUUGAAUGAUCAAAGAAAUAGGAUGAACCCAAGUUUACUGGAAGACAUAAUGGUUGUACGAUCAAACUAUUUAUUUGACAAAAGCUAAUCUAUAGUAUUCUUAU